UUGUUUCAGUGACACAUUUAUUGUCUGUGAAUGUUUGGACAAAGGCAGCUAAUGGCUUCGGUCAUUCGAAUUCGUGAUCAACUUAUAAUCAGAAACACAUCCGAUAACGUCACAAAAGCUCCACAGAAACUCCCGCGCGUUUGCGAAUCAAGCUCGCAAGCCGAUCUUCAGCUGUUUCUCGCGAAAGCUCGCACCGCCAACUACCGGCACACGGCGAUUCUCGCUUGUUUUCGCGGCCUCCGUUGAUCUGCGCCCGUGUCCGCCUCACACGUG